CUCGAAAGCAUCCAGCAUGGCCAUUGAUCUCGAACGCCCGCAGACGCACCUGCUCCUCAAGGAGGUCGAGCCCAUGUCCCGCACGCGCAAGGCCCUCAUUGCGCUCGGUACGAGCCUCGCGUUCCUUGGCGCGUACACGGCAACCGUCGCGCACACGGAGCCGGCGCUCCCGUCCUUUAACAUGGAGACGGUCCAGCUCGCGGCGUCGGCGGCGUGCACGUUCAACGACGGCGACCUCAUCACGGUGCAGGCCGACACGGGCAAGUACCUCGCCCGUUGCAACGGCUGCGUCCCGAACGGCGCCAACCCGGACUCGGCUUUCUUCCACGUGCCGACGCCGACGGGCAAUCCGUGGGCUGUCUGGAAGGUCACCAACACGGGCAACGGCAAGCUCGCGCUCCAAGCUGAUUCCGGGAGCUACCUCGCGCGCUGCAACAACUGUGCCCCGGGCGCCGCGUACCCAGAUGAGGCGUUCGUCCACGUCAAGGACUGGCGCACCGGCCCGUGGGCCCAGUGGACGUGCGUUGACGCUGGCAACGGCAAGAUCGCCUUCCAAGCUGACAGCGGCAACUAUCUUGCGCGCUGCAACAACUGCGUCAGCGGUGGCGCGUACCCGGACGCUGCCUUUGUGCACGUCAACGCCUACACGAGCGGCCCGUGGGCGCAGUUCACGGUCAACCGCCUGCCGUCGCCCGCGUGCACGUUCACGGAUGGCCAAGUCGUGGGCCUCCAAGCCGACACGGGCAAGUUCCUUAGCCGCUGCAACAACUGCAUCUCGGGUGCGGCGUACCCAGACUCGGCCAUGCUCCACGUGCCGGCGCUCGCGGGCAACCCGUGGUCGCAGUGGAAGGUCUUCAACACGGGCAACGGCAAGCUCGCGUUCCAGGCCGAUUCCGGCAACUUUUUGUCCCGUUGCAACAACUGCGCGGCCGGCGCCGCGUACCCGGACGAGGCCUUCGUGCACGUCAAGAACUGGCGCGAUGGCCCGUGGGCGCAGUUUACGUGCGUGGAUCUCGGCAACGGCAAGAUCGGUCUCCAGGCCGACACGGGCAAGUUUGUCUCGCGCUGCAACAACUGCGUCCGCGGCGCGUACCCUGACUCGGUCAUGAUGCACGUCGGUAACGCCAAGGACGGCGCGUGGGCGCAGUGGACGGUCGUCAAGCCCUAAGCCAACCACCCGCAUCUCCCGUCCGC